GGGGCAAGGAAGUGAAGUGACGAAGGUAGGCCACAUGGAGUCAGGGACCGGCACUUGUGUUGUUGCGAACAAUUUGGUUGCAAUUUGAUGACUGCCAUUGCAUUGACCACUUUGUUUUGCGCUGAGAUAAGAUGUUUUGUUUUUAAUUUACUGCAAAAAUGUUUUGCAAUGAGACAAGUGGGACAAGGUGCGAAAAUCUCCACCCUGGGCAUGGUAGACGACACUCUCUUCGCCCAGUUCCGCCCACAUGUUUGCAUCUGUGGCAUCUGUUGCCGGUAUUGCCUCCGACGCAUUACACGUCUCCGGCAGAUGGGGUACGCCAACAUGGCCAUGGUAAACCACGGCAUCCACAUUCGGCUAUAUUCCCGCGCCUACAUCGUCUGCGACGACGUCAACUACAGAGGCUCUGGCAAGUGCUCCGUCUUCGUCAACCUUGACUGCGGCAUGACCGCCCAGAUCGUCAAGAUGGAGGUGGCAAAGCGGCUGAAGGCUGAGUUUGGCGACAUCUAUGGGGCAGAAAACAUACUGCUGUCUGCGACGCACACCCACAGUGGUCCGGCAGGCUUCCUGGAGUACGUGCUCUUCCAGAUCACCAAUCUGGGCUGGAUUCAGGAGACGUUCGACGCUCAGGUGGCCGGUAUAGUGGAGAGCAUUCGACGAGCGCACAACAACCUGUCGCCGGGCUACAUGACCUGGACCCGCGGCGACCUGCUUGACGCCAAUAUUAACCGCUCGCCGACUGCCUACCUCUACAACCCGCAGGAGGAGCGGGACAAGUAUGAGUAUGAUACCGACAAAGAAAUGUUCCUGCUGAAGAUCUUUAAUGCCGACGACUCACCGAAAGGUCUGAUUAACUGGUUCGCUGUUCAUGGCACCAGCAUGAACAACACAAACCAGUACAUCUCGGGAGACAACAAGGGCUACGCGGAGCAGAUGUUCGAGUCAAUGAUGAAUGGCGGGGCGCUGCCUGGCACGGGACCGUUUGUGGCUGCGUUCGGCUCCUCCAAUCUGGGAGACGUUUCGCCGAACACGCGGGGAGCCAAGUGCAUCGACACAGGUCUGCCUUGCGACGCGGACACGAGCACGUGCGGGGGCCGCGUGGAGACGUGCAUCGCUUCCGGGCCAGGAAACAACAUGGUGGAAAGCACGCAGAUCAUCGGUCACAAGCAGUACGACAUGGCCCAUGGACUCUUCUUCGACAAGUCGAACCAUGGGGUGUCGGGACCGGUAGACCACAUACACCAGUACAUCGACAUGUCAAACCAACAUGUCACCUUUCAGAUGCCGGAAGGAAACUGGGUCAAGGUGAAGACGUGCAAGCCAGCCAUGGGCUUCAGCUUUGCCGCCGGCACCACUGACGGGCCAGGAGCCUUUGACUUCACUCAGUCGGACACGUCAGGCAACCUCUUCUGGGAUGCGAUUCGUAACAUGAUCAAGAAGCCGUCCGAAGAGCUGAAGCAGUGCCAUCACCCGAAGCCGAUCCUGCUGCCCACGGGCGAGAUCGGGUUCCCGUACGACUGGCAACCAAGCGUGGUACCGGUUCAGCUGCUGCGCUUCGGUGACGUCAUCAUCAUCGGCAUGCCCGGGGAGCUGACGACCAUGGCGGGCAGACGAAUCAGGGACGCGGUGGCCGCCACGUUCGCGGAGGCCGGUGAAACGGUCCAGGUGGCGAUCGCAGGCCUGUCCAACACCUACUCCGACUACGUCACCACCUUCGAGGAGUACCACAAACAGCGCUACGAAGGCGCGUCCACCGUGUACGGCCCUCACACGCAUCAGGCCUAUUUGCAGAAGUUCCAGGAGCUGGCCAGCAAGAUGAUUCAGGGAACUCCAGUGUCAGACGAGGCGCAGCCUCCGGACAUGCUCUCCAGGCAGAUGAGCUUCGUUCCGCCAGUGAUCUUCGACGCAGCGCCCCUGGGCCAGAGCUUUGGUGACGUCACCCAGCAGCCGCCAGCCAACGCGUUCCCGGGCCAAUCAGUGGCCGCCAAAUUUAUAUCGGGACAUCCGCGGAAUAAUCCGAUGACGGGCAAAUCGUUCCUGGAGGUUCUCAAACAGCAGCAGGACGGCAGCUGGGGUGUGGUCGCUACCGACGCCUCCUGGGAAACAUUUUUCAAGUGGACGCGCACCAACAGCGUGCUGGGGCACUCGGAGGUCACCUGCACCUGGAACAUUCCCGCGGACGUCGACCCCGGCACCUACAAAAUCAGGCACAUGGGAUACCACAAGCCAGCGCUGUCCUUUCUGCGACGGGUCGCGCAGAAGGUCGGUAACUUCUUCGCCAACAUGAUGGGCAUGAAGCCCAUUCGCCUGCAAACCACCGUCUAUUACGAGGGGGAGACCAGCCCCUUCGAGAUUGCCGAGCCGUGGCUGGUUCUCCGUUCCGGAAAAUGAGCCUGUGUCGGGAAUGGGAGUACGACAAUAUCCAGGAGAAACAAAGGCAUUACGUGACGGGCUGUCUAUGUGCGCUCCACUAAUAGACAUGUUGGAAUCACGUGUUGGUUUCGUUACUUUACUGCGUGUAGCUGCCGGUAUUAUCCUCUGCGUCGUCGAGGUGAUAUGGCAUACACUUUUACAUCCAAGUGAUUUACAUGCGUGCAUAAACUAAAGGCUAGAAACUGCUAUAGAUAGAAAUUUAUCCUGGAGGCUGACAACAUUCCUUGAAGCACGUAAUGUUCUUUGCAAAUACUUUUAAACUUGCGUUAUUUACAUGAAACCUGACUAUCUAGCUGUACGCUUUUCUUUCACUGUAUGCGAAAUAACUAUCGAGAAUCAAACAAAACUAACGCAACCAUACCUGAUCCAUUAUCCGCUUCUUAUAAUUGACGUUACUCCUGGCCGCUACAUGCUCAAAGUGA